AUCUGUCCUCCUGGCUGUUGUCUCACCGUCUGUCCCGGAGCCUGCAGGCUGCAGAGGAACAUGCGGACUGCGGGGCUCCGACCGGCCGCGGCGCUGGUUCUGUUCGGCGCAGCGCUGUGCGCCAGUCGGGCCGAGGUGAUCGAUGACUUGCUGGGCAGCCUUUCCCGCGGGGUGUCCUUCCUGGAGCGGCAGCAUGAGCACAUCAACCUGGACGGGGCGGUGGGCUUCGUCAUGCUGCAGGCCGAGCUGAAGGCAGCGGUCCGGACCUGGCCGCACACAGACCCGGUCAGCUGGGCUCAGAGAACCGCAGCCGUCGCUCUGCUCGGCCGCCUGGAUCAAAGCCUGGACAAGGCCGUCGCCGCCCUGAGGCUCAACGACCCCAAAUACUACAGAGAGUUUGAGCCGCUGCUGACUUGGACGUUUUGGAUGAUUCCUCAGGAGUGGCGCUCCACGGAUCCCAGCCUGGUUUAUCCCUCAACUUUGACCUCUGAGUGUUACGACGAGCAGCUGAGCGAUAAGUGCCUGACGCUGCUGCUGGGGACCUGGAAGAUGAACGGGACGCCCUGCAUCGUCACCAAGCCCUGCCGGGACACCAUGACCCGGUUCGGUUGCCCACAUUACUCCCUGUCCCACCAGCUCCUCUACUUUAUGAUUGGCAGAAUGAGAGGUUGCAACAACUUGUUGAAAGGUGACACGCGAGCGUCCCGAGCCAACAUGACCGAACAAAACUACCAGGACAUUUUCUGCUCCAACAUGAUGAAGGCUAACCAGGACAUCAUCGCUAACGGUUUAACCGAACAAACAGUCGACAUCUUCAUUGAAAACAUCCUGAUUUGUGGAUUAGCUGGUUUUUCCGACUUCCACAAAACCGACUGGCUGCAGCACAUUCUCAGGCUGCAAGACGACGAAGUCGGCUGUUUUGGGAGGGACAGUGAAGUCAAACGGAGAAGAUACUUCCUGGUCAACGGCUGCUCCAGUCACAUGACGGCGGUGGCGGUGGGCGCCCUGGGAGGAUACCUGAACUUUCACCUGACAGAGCAGGACAUAACGAAGAGGCCGCUGUCCUAACAGACUGUCCACAACGCCUGUUAUAUCAACGCAUUGGUUGAUGUUUAAAACAAUGCUGGAAGUUUGUGUGUUUAUCCACUUGGUAAAACUGGAUUAAGUUCAGCUCAUGUAAAAGCGCACACACACACACACACACACACACACACACACACACACACACACACACACACACACACACACACACACACACACACACACACACACACACUCACUCUUUACUGUGAAUAUAAAAACUAUUUGUGUCUGUGACAGAUAUAACUUCAUAUGAGAAAUAAUCCUGAUUGUUACUAAAUUUCUGCAUGAACUCGUCCCUGAAGUUUGACCCACUUUAUUCACGUCGCUUUGAAUUUUUGCUAAACAAAAGUUUUCUGACUCCAGAAAACAUUUUCUGUCUGUUUUGCAGACAGAAAAUGUUGUUAAAUGUUGUGUUUUAUGAAGUUAAGCAUUAAAGAUCUGAAACUAAUUUCCAUUAAAAACCUUCAGGCAUCUGUA